AUGUUUUUACCUCAUAUUACCGAGGAAGAUGUUUCUUCAGCUAUUUCUAAAUUAAAAUUCUCCACAGCUUGUGGUUUCGAUGAAAUUUCAAGUAUAUUACUUAAAAAGUGUAAAACGCCCAUUUUAUUACCAUUAACCUAUCUUAUUAAUAUUUCUUUCCAAUCGAGAAUUUUCCCCAAGUCAUUAAAACGAACUAUAAUCUUACCCUUAUUUAAAAAGGAUAAUCCUAAUGACAUCUGCAACUAUCCACCAAUUAGCCUGCUUUCUACAUUUUCAAAAAUUUAUGAGAUAAUCAUGUAUCAUAAUUUAAGUAACUUCUUACCUGGAAUGGUCUGA